GGAAAUCUUAGACAACGAGAAAAACGUCGUUUGGAAUUCCACAUUGCCACCCGUCAUGGAAAACGGGCCAUUGGAAAUCACGUGUAAAGCGUACUACGGAAAUCCUUUACCACGCUUAACGUGGAAUAUUCGAGGAGAAAAUAUAGACAGUACUUACGACAUUAAGACAGRCGAAAAUACUGUGGCCAAUGUGUUACGAAUUGAUCACGUUCGUCGUGAAAGUCUCGGUAAAAAACUUAUCUGCGAAGCGUCAAACAUGCCAAAUAUCAUUCAGCUAUCGACGUCAGUUACCAUGAAUGUUUAUCUGAAACCAUUAAGCAUAGCUAUAAMAGGAGCUGAACAUCCUUUUCUCUCGGGAGAGCCGAGUAAUCUCGAUUGCAUUUCAUAUGGUUCAAGACCAGCAGCCAACAUAACAUGGUACCACAAUGGACGGGUCAUCGAGUACGAAACAAAAAGGAUAAAGGUGAUGGAAAACAAUAAUAUGACAUGGAGCACUUUAAAACUAGUGCCAACUGAUGACGAUGAUCAAAGUGUUAUAAGCUGUGUUGCAAGCAACAUAUAUUUUCCGGCUGACUCAAAAGAACAACAAAUAAUACUUAACGUUCACUAUCCUCCAAGGCUAAAAAUAUGUCUAGGCAGAAACCUAAAUGUUUCCAACAUCAAAGAAGGGUCRGAUGUGUACUUUGACUGCACUAUCGAUGCUUCUCCGUCUAUAACCAGACUUGAUUGGGAUCAUAAUGGAUCAAAUGUCGGACAGCAUGAAAGCCGUAGGACAAUUGUGAGCAAUCAAACAUUAGUUUUACAAUCGAUAACACGUAAAGGUUCUGGAAGUUAUCGGUGCAUAGCCUCAAAUGCCAGAGGAAAAUCGAUAAGUGAUGCCUAUCACCUUGACGUUAAAUGUAGGCCAGAUCCACCAAGAAACUGUUUGCCAGUAAACGUAACGAGUACUCGGUUUACAAUUCAGUGCGAACCCGGAUACGGUGGUGGACUUCCGCAGCAUUUUGCGUGCACAGUGGCCACAAUCGACCGACCGGAUUUGGCCGAAACCAGAUACGUUGGCCAAACUGGUAAUAUGGCUGUCAUAAUUACCGGAUUGCGACCAUCCACCCGAUACGUGACCACAGUCUACGCGAGAAACGCAAAAGGCUCAAGUAUCGGCCAUGUACGCAUUUACGUCGAAACAGCUCCUAAUCCCAAGGAUCCACAUGUAGCUGCGUACCUAAGUGAACUAGGUGUAGAUACUUACUAA